CCACAGCAGGGCCUGUGUCUGUGUCUGUGUGACCGGGCGGCCAUGGCGGGGCUGCUACACGAGCUGCUGCGAUGCAUCCUCGGCCCCCGGCUACGGCGCGUCCACCGGCGGCCCCGACACCACGGCGACACCGCGGCUGCUGCAGCUACAGGCCCGGGAUUCUACUAUCAGCCAAGGAUCGUGGAGAAACAUUCUGACAGCAUCCUCGGAUGGGCGUACGUCCUCUGGUCCGUAUCGUACUACACAUCGCCUCUGCUGCUGCUGUACUUCUACAGGAAAGGCUAUAUUGUUAUGUCGAAGAUCAUCCCAGCCACUCCGUACGCAAGCGCGUUUCUCUUGUUCCUAACUGGUGUGGCGUGUCUCAGAGGUAAGAAAUGUCGGGCAGAUUGCUCACCCCUGAAACCACUUCCAUCAGCCGCA